AUGGACGAGUCUAGCUGUCUACUGGCUGAGAAAAUGGUGUCUCCUACGGAUUUUACGGGGGCAAAGCGAUCGGCGAAAGGUAAAAAGCCGCAGGCAAUUGCCCAUCGCGGAUACAAAGCUGCACACCCCGAGAAUACAAUGGGCGCGUUCGUAGGAGCCGUUGAGGUCGGAGCUCACGCCAUAGAAACGGACGUGCAUCUAUCUAAAGAUGGUGUCGUAGUACUAUCUCAUGAUCCUACCCUCAAAAGGUGUUUUGGCGUCGACAAAAAAAUCUGUGAUUGUGACUGGAAUUAUCUCAAGACAUUGAAAACGGUGCAAGAGCCUCAAGAAACUAUGCCACGUCUUAGAGAUUUGUUAAAAUAUCUAGCUAAACCCGGGUUGGAGCACAUCUGGGUUCUAUUAGAUAUUAAGCUUGACGAUGAUCCCGAAACACUCUUCAAACUUCUGGCUUCUACAAUCGCAGACGUCACGCCCUCCAAGCCAUGGAAUCAACGAUUGGUUCUCGGAUGUUGGCUAGCCAAGCUGCUUCCCUUGUGCUUCAGAUAUCUACCUGGAUUUCCUAUAACACAUAUCGGCGUUAGCAUAGAAUAUGCGAGACAGUUUUUCAACGUCAAAGGCGUCAGCUUUAAUAUGUUGCAGCAAGUCAUGGUUGGGCCGUUUGGUAAUGCCAUGCGCAAGAAAAUUAAGAAGGACAAUCGUUCUUUGUUCCUCUGGACUGUUAACGAGGUGGAGGUUAUGAAGUGGAGUAUCCGAAAAGAGGUCGAUGGAGUUAUCACAGAUGAUCCUAAGAAGUAUCUCGAGGUUUGCGACACUUAUGAGGGGGCCCCUAUACAUUUCUCGGCGGCUACUUGGGCGAAGAUCAUCCUUAUGAAUAUUCUGUCGAGGGUUUUCUUGAUCGUCAUCUAUUGGCGUGACUUUAAGCUAAAGGUCAAGAAAAAUAAACCUAUAGAGGCUUAA